CCUUCCUGGGCACGGGGGAAGGAAAUACUUUCUCGGAGCAGAACAACCUAUUUCUGCUCGCCUUCACACAACUCCCAACUUCCCUCCCUCGGUCUCUCUUUACUCUUUUCAUCCUCCCUAUUCCGCCUCGACACCCCGCUGGUAUCCAUCCUGACAAGAAUUGAUCUUUCAAUCAACAUAAUAUUGUCAACAACCCCACAGCAACUCGCAUUAUAUUCACUUCGGCUCCCAGCAAAUCCCUCACACAACAGCGCAGCAGCACAGCCAUGGCCACAGAAUCGGAAAAGUACCAGCAGCAGGACACACUGCCAUUCUCCUCAGCCGAGCUCGGUGCAUUCCAUCGGUUCCAUGCACACACAUGGAACGACGACGAGCAGUUCCAGGCUGGGCUUAAGAUGAUCACCCAGACACAGGGUGUCGCGCCCUCAUUCUUGGAGCUGCUCAAGAUGAAGCAGUAUUACUUCUCGACUAGAAUGGGUACCAAGAUCAAUUUGGACAAUUAUCUCGCCUGGAGGAAGCACUUGGAGCAGCCUUUGGACGAUCCAAAUGUCCCGAUUUUCAAGCGAUUCGAUGAAUACGAUUUUGACAAGGAUCCAAAGUUCCAGCAGGGCUUACCCAGCAUCGUUGGGCAGCUCAUCAAGGACGGCAAAAGUACACUUGACAAGGCAGCUCUGCAGAGAGAAAUGACUAAGGCUAAGGCAUUCUAUUACGCAAGGUUCAUUGAGUUGUUUGAUUUCCCCGCGUAUCUGACAUGGAAAGAAAUGGAAAAGUCGCAGGUCGGACCCGCCUGUCCAUAUGCACAUCUGUGGCAGGACAAGGGCAAGGACUCAAGCAGCGAGUUGGCAGAGGACGCCCAAAAGUUCUUAACAACUACAUCGCCAGUCUCCACGGGCGCGCUCAAACUCCAUGUGCAUUCACCAACAACGAAAAACGUCUUCACAGGCGUUCGUCUUUCCAAGCUGAGCCAGGCCUUCUCUGCUGCAGAUGAUGACAAUUCGAUCACAUCCAUCAUUUGGACCGCCAACUCUGGAACCUCGAGCCAGGAUCAGCGUGAUCCAGAAUCUAUGAUUGUCACUAAGGAUGAAAAGUGGUUCAGUGGAGGCGUCGUUGCAACAGGGGCUGCAAAGGCAGGAUCAACACAGGAUCCCGAGCAAGGAAAGAUGUUACUCCGUCAGUACUUCAGUCUCGUGGAUCAGUUGGCCAAUAUCCCUAUUGCAGACCAAAAACCGGUCGUGGUCGUCGUGGACGGCAUGGUGUCAUUGUCAGCAGCCUAUCUCGCUUUUGCGUCCGGUUUUCAACGCGUCAUUACCGAGAACACGACCCUUUCGUUCACGCCCAUCAAAUCACUGGAAGCUGUUCCCGACCAAGUCGAGAAUCCCUUUGCUGGAUUAUAUCUACUGGGAUGUAUCCAAUCCAAUGCCAUGAAGGACGCCAGCGCUCAGUCGCUACCCCGCGGAGUCGGCCAUUAUCUCGCCUUCUGUCCGGACAACAUUUUGCGCGGGCCUGAUCUGCGCAAACUAGACUUGGCUGACUUUUUCGUGCCGUCGUCAAAGAAGCAGGACAUGGAAGAGGCCGUUCUCUCCGUUGCAGGCUGCCCGCCUCCUCAUACCACACAGGCUGUGCGCAUGGCUCUCAAUGCCGAAGUUGUGUAUCCUGGUCCGGCCAAGAUCGACGUUUGGCGAUCAGAGAUCAAGGAGUGCUUUGGGGAUGCGAACUCGUUGAGUGACAUUGUGACCAACCUGGAAAAGUAUGACAAACCAUGGUCGCAAGCGAUUCGCACCUACAUUGCUUCGCUGGAGCCCGUUUUCGCAAAGCUUAUGUUCGAAGCCAUCAACAAAGCGGCUGAAUUGGCCUCGUUCCAGGAAUGUGCUCGCCUCGAGUACCGACUCGCUCAGCGCUACAAGGCUUAUCUUGCGUCCUUGUCAGAGGACUACGAUGACGACGAAACAGAAGACAAUAUAAAGACAUUCUUUGAACAGAUCGAAGGCGAGGAGGCCGAGCUGUUCACCUUCCCUUUUGCGGACUGGAUCAAGGGGCACGAGUGCGACGAUGAAUUCGAUAGUCCAUCGACUACCAAUGAAUCUCAGGAACAAGACCCCAGCAAGGCAUGCCCGUAUCUCGCCUCCAAGAACGGAGGAGAAAGUGCUCUCCCUACUGAUCACCCCAGCAUCCCUGGCGUCGAUUUCUCGGACCCUGAAGCCGUGAAGGCGUGUCCAUUCUUGUCUUCCAAGAAGGAAGAAGAGGCUACUGCUGCUCAGUCGGGGCCUGUCCCAACAGAUCAUCCUAAUAUUCCUGGUGUGAACUUUUCGGAUUCAGAGGCAGCCAAGGCAUGCCCGUUUUUGUCCGCAAAGCAAAAAACAGAACAGGAUGAAGCGACGCCUAGCGCGCUUCCUUCUGAUCAUCCUGCGAUUCCUGGUGUCGAUUUUUUGAACCCAGACGCGGCCAAGUCGUGUCCAUUUUUGUCCGCCAAGAACUCGCAGUAGAUAUUGCAAUAAAGGAUGUCUGAUUUAUUUGUAUCUGUGACCGACUGCAG